UGCCAGAGGGAACUACUUAAUCAGUGGGUCGUGUCAAAAGGGGGGGGCGGCAUGUGUGUCCCUGUGAGGGGCCGACGGUCCCUCACCCCCUCCCCGCCAUGCUUGUUGCCAAGAGGCUGCCCAAGCCAAGCCAGCCCCGCCAGGUAAUCCGCGACUGAUCUGCAGGAGCUCCCGGGGCAAGGAAGAAAGAAAGAAAGAAGAAAGAAAAAGGCGCCUCAGGAGAGGCUCACGUGUCUGCCUGUGCUGCUGCUCCUGUGCCAUGGGGCGAGCGGCUUCUAUGUGCCAGGGGUUGCCCCCAUGAACUUCCAUCAGAAAGAUCCAGUAGAAAUCAAGGCGGUGAAGCUCACCAGUUCACGCACCCAGCUGCCUUACGAAUAUUACUCCUUGCCAUUCUGCCAGCCCCAAACAAUCACAUACAAAGCAGAAAACCUUGGCGAGGUCCUCCGAGGGGACAGGAUUGUCAACACCCCAUUCCAGGUCUUCAUGAACGUCGAAAAGAAGUGUGAGGUUUUAUGCAAUGGCCCCAGUAAUCCUGUGGUCCUGUCCAAGGAAGCCAGCCAGCUGAUUGCUGAGCGGAUCCAGGAGGAAUACUACGUCCACCUCAUCGCCGAUAACCUGCCGGUGGCCACGAGGCUGGAGUUCUACUCCAAUCGGGAAGAGGAGGAAAAGAGCAAAGACAAGGACGUGCAGUUCGAGCAUGGCUAUCGGCUUGGCUUCAUGGACAGCAGUAAGUUCUACCUGCACAACCACCUCUCCUUCAUCCUUUACUACCACAGAGAAGAGGUGGAAGAGAACCAGGUCCCCACGUACCGGGUGGUUCGCUUUGAAGUCAUUCCGCAGAGCAUCAAGCUUGCUGAUCUGAAGGCGGAUGAGAAGGGGGGGUGUACCUUGCCGGAAGCUGCCAGCUCAGCCCCUCAGGAGAUUGAUCCCACCAAGGAAAACAAGCUCCUUUUCACCUACUCCGUCCACUGGGAGGAAAGCAACAUCAAAUGGGCUUCCCGCUGGGACACCUACCUCACCAUGGGUGACGUGCAAAUACAUUGGUUCUCCAUCAUCAACUCCGUCGUGGUGGUCUUCUUCCUUUCAGGGAUUCUCAGCAUGAUCAUCAUCCGGACGCUCCGGAAGGAUAUUGCCAACUAUAACAAGGAAGAUGACAUUGAAGACACCAUGGAGGAAUCCGGGUGGAAGCUGGUGCACGGGGAUGUCUUCCGGCCCCCUCAGUACCCCAUGAUCCUCAGCUCCUUGCUGGGCUCUGGGAUCCAGCUCUUUUGCAUGAUCCUGAUUGUGAUCUUCGUCGCCAUGCUGGGGAUGCUGUCUCCGUCCAGCCGGGGCGCUCUGAUGACCACCGCCUGUUUCCUCUUCAUGUUCAUGGGGGUUUUUGGCGGCUUCUCUGCUGGACGGUUAUAUCGGACGCUGAAAGGCCAUCGGUGGAAGAAAGGUGCUUUCUGUACGGCCACUCUGUACCCAGGAGUCGUCUUCGGGAUUUGCUUCAUCCUGAACUGUUUCAUCUGGGGCAAACACUCAACGGGAGCGGUCCCGUUCCCCACCAUGGUGGCUCUCCUGUGCAUGUGGUUCGGCAUCUCCUUGCCCCUGGUGUACCUGGGCUACUACUUUGGGUUUCGCAAGCAGCCGUACGACAAUCCCGUGCGGACCAACCAGAUCCCGAGGCAGAUCCCAGAACAGAGGUGGUACAUGAACCGAUUUGUCGGGAUUCUGAUGGCUGGAAUUCUGCCCUUUGGAGCCAUGUUCAUUGAACUCUUCUUCAUUUUCAGUGCCAUCUGGGAGAACCAGUUCUACUACCUCUUUGGCUUCCUCUUCUUGGUGUUCAUCAUCCUCGUGGUGUCUUGCUCCCAAAUCAGCAUCGUCAUGGUGUACUUCCAGCUGUGUGCAGAGGAUUAUCGGUGGUGGUGGAGGACCUUCCUUGUGUCUGGAGGGUCGGCUUUCUACGUUAUGAUUUAUGCCAUCUUCUACUUUGUGAAUAAGCUGGACAUUGUGGAGUUCAUUCCCUCCUCGCUCUAUUUUGGCUACACCGCCCUCAUCGUCCUCUCCUUCUGGCUCCUCACUGGGACUGUUGGCUUCUAUGCAGCCUACAUGUUUGUCCGUAAGAUUUACGCCGCUGUGAAAAUAGACUGAAGGGGCUCCGAGGUCAGCAGGGCAGAAAGCAACUGGUCACUCCGUUUCCUCCUAGGAAGGAAAUGAGGCGCAAUCUCCUGUUUCUCCCAAGGAAGCAAAACUCAGCGGGGAGGGGGAGAAAAAGAAAUAAAAAUAGUUCAGCUUUCGGAAUGUAAUCUUUGGCGCACACUGUCCAUGACGUUGGGGGAAUUGCCUGGAGGGAAGGGUGUGUAGAUAAUCUGCAUUUUUUUAACUUUUAUUCUAUUCUGGAUAUAAGGGUGGUUUUGUUUUGUUUUAAUUCCCAGAAGCA